AGAUCCUUUGGAUACCCGGCACUCGUCAAUAUCUCCUUAUAAAGGAAAGCUUCUGAAACCCUAGUUCUUCAGCUUCGCUUGCCUCCGAUCACUUGGUUUUAGUCCGUCCGAGAAGGCAAUGGCUCCGAAGCAGCCGAAUACUGGUCUCUUCGUGGGACUUAACAAAGGGCACAUUGUUACAAAGAAAGAGUUGGCCCCGCGCCCCUCUGAUCGUAAAGGAAAAAGCAGCAAGAGAGUUCUCUUUGUGAGGAGUUUGAUCCGGGAAGUUGCUGGUUUUGCACCAUAUGAGAAGAGAAUCACUGAGCUUCUUAAAGUUGGAAAGGACAAGAGAGCACUAAAAGUGGCCAAGAGAAAGUUGGGAACUCACAAGAGAGCUAAGAAGAAGAGAGAGGAGAUGUCCAGCGUUCUCCGCAAGAUGAGAGCUGGUGGAGGCGGUGAGAAGAAGAAAUGAAACGCGUGUGGUUAAUUUUGAAGAAACAUGGUUUUAGAUUGUUAUGUUUGUUAUCCAAAAUCUUCAAUGGAUUCUUAAUCCUUAUUUUAGAUGAGUUAUGAUGGCAUGUAUUAGAACUUGUAAGUCUUCUUUUUGGAAGGAAACUUGCGGCCAUUUGUAUCUCUUUUGAUAUAAUUGCCAUUAGCUUCUUACAAGGAAUGCAGCCUUUUUUUU